AUGGCAAAACGCACGCUCGAUGCAUUCUUCAAACCAUCAACCACCGCUCCAAAACGUGCGAAAACCGACCUCAUCGAAUCUAACACCGCAACUGCAAUCUCAACACCCGAGACAGACAAUAUCCCAGUCGAGGACACCAAACCCCCAAGCCAACACCCAAGUUAUCCAAUUCCAAUAGCUCAACUUCCCUCCCACAUUGAAGUAGGCCUAGGACAUGCAACACCAGCAAAGCCACCCCGGGAAAUAAAUAAUCAACCACACCUCGACCUCCUCCACUUCCAGCCCUAUAUCCCCCGCCCAACAGCAAACGAGCUAUUCAAAUUCCUCCGUCGCGAACUUCCCUUCUACCGUGUGCAAUACACAGCACGACGCGGCGACAUUGAAACGCAAAUCAACACACCACGAUGGACAACAGUCUUCGGCGUCGAUGAAACAUCGACCUUCAUCCAAGAACAAGACAACGACCCAAACAGCCUCGUUCUACUAGAAACAAAGGCCAAAACGCCAACCCCGAAAACAAAAUACCAGUGCAUGCCGCGGCCAAUCCCAGCAUGUCUAGAUCUCCUACGGAGACAGGUCGAAGCAGCAAACGUAAAUGCAAACGCAGAUGAAACACCCGGCUACAAUUUCUGCCUGGUAAAUUACUAUUCCAGCGGAGAUGACAGUAUCGCCUUCCACUCCGACGACGAGCGCUUCCUCGGACCAGAGCCAAAUAUCGCCUCGCUGUCGCUGGGCGGCGAGCGGGAUUUUCUAAUGAAGCCUAAGCCUUCAGUACCAGCAGGGAAUGCAAACCGGACGACGGGUGGAUGCGUGCCUAUUGCUGCACACGCAAUUUCCGGGCCGGGCGGUACUAGUGCGACGCGGGCGAGUUGUACGGUUUCGGGUGGAACGUUGAAAGCCGUCUCUUCUCCUGGGUCUAGGCCUGCUGCUGCGGUGCCACUGCAGCAGAUUAAAAUGAGCCUUGGGUCAGGGGAUAUGGUUGUUAUGCGUGGAACGACGCAGUCGAAUUGGUUGCAUAGUAUUCCUAAGCGGAAGGGGAAGGCCGGGGAGGCGACCAAGGGACGGAUUAACAUUACCUUUCGGCGGGCUGUUGUUCCUAGCGGGACAAAUAAUUAUUAUCAUUAUAAUGUCGGUAGUGGGGGGAUGUACCGGUGGGAUGAAGUAGCGAGGAAGAUGGUUGUACAGGAGAAAAAGGCAUAG